AUGGCUGAAAUACGAAAUUUCACCCAGGUGGUGCAAGACAUUUUCAAGGACACAUUUCUCCCUUACAUGAAUGGCUGGAGGAAAAACAUGACGGAAGCAGCAGAUGAACUGCAAGCUAAGGUUGAUGCUGAAAACUUUGACUAUGUUAUCCUUUAUUUGAUGGUGAUGAUUGGGAUGUUCUCCUUCAUUAUUGUGGCAAUCUUGGUGAGCACUGUGAAAUCAAAGAGGCGAGAGCACUCCAAUGACCCCUAUCAUCAGUACAUUGUUGAGGACUGGGGCGAGAAGUAUAAAAGCCAGGUUCUGAAUCGAGAGGAUUUAAAGUGUGUGGUCCAUGAAAACUUUGGUGCAAGGGAAAAAAGCAGCCCUGGAUCACCCUGA